AUGUCUUUUAUUAAAAACUUACUGUUCGGCAGCUAUAAGACAAGCGAAGAUCCCACAGGCAUCUCAGGCAAUAAUAAAGAUAAUGCCGAUGCUACAGAUUCUGGCGAUGCUCCUAUAGUGGAGGGUAUUUUUUAUCCAAGAACCUUGUCAAAAUUCAAUGGACACGAUAAUGAGAAGAUUUUCAUAGCUGUAAGAGGGAAAGUCUACGAUUGUACGCAAGGCAGACAGUUUUACGGUCCAAGUGGGCCCUAUUCCAAUUUUGCAGGAAACGAUGCUUCACGAGGCCUGGCUUUGAACUCUUUUGAAUCAGAAACCGUACGUGAAUGGGAUAAGUCAAUUGAUACCUUGGAUGAUCUCAAACCGGAACAAAAAGAAUCCUUGGACAGCUGGGAGAGCCAUUUCGCCAAUAAAUAUCCUUGUGUAGGCACAUUAGUCCCCGAACCAGGAGUCAAUAUAUAG